UCCCUCUCUCUCUCACUGUAGGUGGCGGUUGUUGGGCCUGAGGAGCGGCGAUGGCUGAGAGCGGCCUGGGAGAGUGGUACCGCAGCAUCCCCCCGGUCACCAGGUGCUGGUUCACGGGCAGUGUGGUGGUGCCCGUCCUGGAGAGGCUGAGCCUGGUGAGCGGCAGGUCCCUGGUGCUGUGGGCCGAGCCUUUCUUCUACCGCUUCCAGAUAUGGAGACCGAUAACAGCAUGUCUCUUCUACCCGAUGGGAUUCCAUUACCUGAUUCAGCUUUAUUUUCUGUAUUCUUAUUCCUCCAACUUGGAAAGAGAUUUCUUUGGAAGAACAGCCGAUUACGUAUUUAUGUUGUUUUUCAACUGGAUUUGCACGGUGAUAGUUGGAUUUGUCAUCGGAAUGCCAAUUCUGUUUGUUCCACUUGUUCUGACAGUGGUAUAUGUGUGGGCACAGCUGAAUAAAGACCAGAUUGUAACAUUUUGGUUUGGGAUGACAUUUAAGGCCUGCUACUUACCGUGGGCUCUGCUAAUAUUCAACUAUAUCCUAAGGAAUUCGAUAGUGGAUGAGCUUGUUGGCAUCUUUGUUGGACACAUGUACUACUUCCUGAUGUUUAAAUACCCUCAGGAUUUCGGUGGCAGAACGUUUCUUUCUACACCUGGUUUUCUGACCCGAAUCUUUCCCCCAAAGAGAGGAGGCGUAUCAGGAUUUGGAGUCCGGCCAACUAGCAGGAGACCACAAGCUGAAGAACCGGGCCGUGGUUGGGGAAGAGGCUAUUUCUGGGGCCAGGGGCAGAGGCUAGGAGAUAACUGAACAUCCUUUGUAUUUUGAACAUUGUAUGUGUUACCUGGCGCAAAUGAUUUAUAUUCUGGAAUUACUGCUCAAAUUGAAUGGCAUAGUUAUAUAAAAGUGGCAGAAUUGAGAAACCAAAUCUUUUUUAGUUGGUCUUUUGAUGAAGGGAAGGUGCAGAGCUUUGGUAAUAUGGAACUGUACAGCUGUAUCUUUCCUGGAGACCUGUACAAGGGGUACACCAGUCUGAUCUGUAAGAGACAGCAUUUGGAUUAAAUCUUAAAUUAAUCAAAAUCUGAUGCAUUGAGGUUUAAAAUGCGGCAAUUCUUAUAACAUUUUUUAAGAAACCCUACAAAUUGAUGUGUCAUUUGAUAUUGUUGAGUCAGUGUAACAUAAUUUUGCUUCCUUGCUUAAGGAACUCUGUUAGAAACUGCCACAUGUUAGACCCCACUCAUUAUGGUCAACAAUAUAAAAAAAAUGUAAUGCUCAGUUUGGAUUUGUGCAUUUAUUUUCUUAUUCCCUUUUUCACCCCUUCCAUUCCCUUAAUUGUUUUGAGUACUAAUACAAUUAUUAGAAUUACUGCUGCUUUUGUAUUUCUUCCUCAGACUUGAGUGCUGAGGAACAAGAAGUGCAUUAAUUCUGCUCUUUGGGCUGCUGUAGCAAUGGGAUGACCCUCAAACUAUGCAGUAUCGAUGAAAGACUGUGGUUAUGUUUUGGUUUUAUUCCUUGUGUGAAGAAACUGUUUAUUCACUCGUUAAAAUGUUGAUCACUUUUUUCAGACACUUUUUUGUGCUCCUUGAGACGGGUCCCAAAAGUAACCAGUCACAGUUCUCCCAAUUUUCCCUGUUUUCUCUCCGCUUCCCCUCCCCGCAUAAAGUGCUGGACUGUUAACCUGUCCUUGUGGUAGAGGGAGGGAGUGCAGUUUGAAAUUGAUAACUGGUGCCAUUACAUUGGUGCUUCUUGGUUAAAUGAAAAGGGGAGAGGAAUAGUUAUCAGAUAGACAUUCAAAGAUUAUAUGCAGGAACUAUUCACAAAAAAAAUUGAAGUGUCAAAAACUCGACCACCACCAAAAGGGCAGUUUCCCUCGACUCUCUCACCCCCCCCCCCCCCCCCAAUGAUUUUUACACACUGUAAAGGGACGGGUCCUUUAAAAAAAGAUAUAUAACAGUGCAGGUAAUAGAAAUCUAUCAGGGUACAUGUACAAAGCUCUGAGUUCAGACUCUUAGACAAUGUGUUUGACUACUCUAAUGUUCGAUUCUUGACGGCUCAAUUUCCUGUCAACGCCAUUGAUUUGAAGAUGAAAAAAAUUAACUUACAUUAAAGUAUAAAUGUUUUUAGAGGCAUGACGUUAGGGAUUUCACGAAUAUGAUGGAAAUAAACCUUUUGAUGAGCAGAACCAUUUAAACCAAGGAAUCUUUAUAAAUCUCAAGAAAUAUAGUUCACUUAUAAACUAGAGAUGCCUGCUUGUUCUCGAACGUAAUUUUAAGUGAAGGCAUAUUCUCAAAAUACAGUAAUUGCAACAGAGUCUGCAGGUAAUAGGGCAGCCCACAAGAACUGCACUGUGACUGCAGUCUCCCAUUUAGGCAGGUUUCAGCAUGACUCCAGUCUAGUGAUCUGCAGGAGUUACUCUUUGAGUCGCUGUUUGCAAAUUGUCUUUGUGAAUACCACAUUGUCGACCCCAAUUUUUAAAGUCAAUCGGUUUAUGUAAGUACAGUGAUCUGUUUAAGCCUCUACUCAAAGAGCAAAGCUAAAAUAGACAAAACUACAACCAACCACAAGCAAGUUAGAAUGUUGCCCUCAGUCAGUGUGUGUCUGCAGAUGAGAAGAGUGGUCUUUAAUGUAGUGCAAUGUUAUCAGAAUGCCUGUGAUUACAUGUUUUUUCUAAUGUCAAGCAUAGGGAGGGUGAAGAUAAGUAAAACAUUCAAUUUUGAUAAUGAAUCUCAAAGCCCAGGAUAUGAAUAUAAAAAGUCUUAAUAUCAUCGUGCCUGGUUUAAGUACUUAAAUCAUUUUAUUUCAGUUUGGGUUGGAAUGCUUUACAGCAAAUGCAGAUUUAGUCCAUUUUAAUUACAAGAUGUUCCAAAUUGCUGGGAAAACAAAGAUGAAGAGUCUUGUACAGUCUUCAGUUGAUGCGGUUUUGGAUUGACAAAUUGAUUCAUUCGUACCAGUGAAGAUUACACUUUUACUAGUGUGACAGUUUGACAAGGUUAUUCUUUUUGUUAAGUCUUUCUUUCCAAGAUACAAGUGUGAAUGUUGAAUGUGAACAUAAUAGUUAAACAUCAAAGGAUUUACUUUUAGUGUAUAUUGGACUCCUUGAACUGUUUUAUACAAAAGAUUUAUGCUUUAGUUAUUAAAAAAAACAUAUUGAAGCACUAAAAUGAAA